AUGCAGAAAUAUGGGAAAAUGAGGAUUUCUGCCUUGCCCAGCCCCAUUCCCUGCCCUGGGGAGGGGGAGUCCUGCUCACUGGGCGCUUCCCUGGGAGAAGAGGAGCCGGCGCUCCGGGCCGCUGCGGCACGAGGCGUCUUCCCUCCGUACCGGGAUCGCUCUGGGUGCAGCCGCCUCUCCUUGCAGAGCCGGAGCCGCUGCAAGACGGGCGAGAAAACAGAGCUCCAGCACCUGGCAGGGGGACAUCCGCUGUUCCCAGUGUCCCACCAAGGGCAGGCGGCCGCGGCGGCCCCGCGGUUUCGUCCUGGGGGUGCCGGUGCCGUUAACGUCCUUCCCGCUCCGCAGGGCCGAGCCUGCGAGCACUAUGGCAUUUACCACACCAGCCCCACGCUGGGCAGCCUCGCCAAGCCCGUGGUGCUCUGGAGCCAGCAGGAUGUGUGCAAGUGGCUCAAGAAGCACUGCCCGCACAACUAUCUCGUCUACGUGGAGGCCUUCUCCCACCACGCCAUCACAGGUCGGGCGCUGCUGCGGCUGAACGCGGAGAAGCUGCAGCGCAUGGGCAUUGCGCACGAGGCGCAGCGGCAGGAGGUCCUGCAGCAGGUCCUGCAGCUCCAGGUGCGCGAGGAGGUCCGAAACCUGCAGCUGCUCAGCCAAGCUUCUUUUGGGAAUGUCUCCUAG